AUGAAGCGGAACCUCCGUUUCAAGAAUGUAACCAUUACUGCUCGUGAUGCGCGUACCUGCAUGAAGGAUCAUUCAUUUCGAAAAUGCGGCAAUUUCGUGCCCCACUCGAUGCGUGUUGAAGGAUGGACCUCUAAAGUGGUCUUUAAGGGGAAUGCCAAACUGCUUCCAGAAAAGCCAAGAGAAUGCUGA